GGAGACGGAGGCGAGCAGAGUAGCUGUCCGGGAUCGCCGGCUCCGUUUUCUCUCUUUUGCUUUUGCCUUGCUGUUCUUGUCAAAGGGCUGAUCCGGAUCCGGAUCCGGAUCGACCAAGCGGGGGCAACACCCUCUCUCCUCUGUUGCCACUUUUGCAACAAAAACAGAGGGGGUGGCGCAGAAAGGCAACGGGUGGCAAGCCGCGGCGGCCCCGAUCCGUGUAAGCGCCCCUGCACGCCUUUCCUCGCACCAUGGGAAUACUCGCGGGCAACAAAGAUAAAAUUGGAGCCCUCCUUUUUAUGUCUGCUUUGACUACGGAACAAUGGCCUGCAAGACAGGACCCACGCAGCCAUAAGCAGCCACAGUACUGAUUCCAGGGCCACCCUCAUCACCUCAGUUAUUUUUUGGCAGCACGAGGAGUAAUCAAGCCUUUGAGAGUCCAGUUCAGAGGAGCAUCGGCUUGAGAGAUGGCUGGAGCUGCUGAGUCUAUGCUUUGGGACCCUGUGACUUUUGAUGAAGUGGCCAUCUAUUUUUCCCUGGAGGAAUGGAAGGAACUGACAGAUUGGCAGAAAGGGCUUUACAAGGACGUAAUGAGAGCCAACUACGAGGCGCUGGUUUCAUUAGGCCUUGCUGCCCAGAAGCCUGACAUCAUCUCGAGGAUCGAGCAAGGAGAGGAACCCUGUGAUGGGAGACUCCAGUCCUCAAAGAUGAGAGAGGUUCCAAACCACAACUUCUACGGUGGCCAGAUCCUGAUUAAGAAGGAACCCUGUCCCGAGGAAAACCUAGAGCGACUGCCCUCCUGUGCGGUACAGCCAGAGGCGACGAAGGGGGACCUGAGCAAUGGGACCAUCCGUACAGUUCCCACAUGGUCAGGAGGUCACCUCAGUGCCGCCUCGGCUGUGAACGGAAUGGCUGCUCUGCCUCUGUGGCCCACUGAGCUCCGGUGGCCAAACUGCACAGUGGCUAGUGUGCAUGCAGCCCCAGUUGAAUUUCAAGUAGGGCAGCCUGGGGCCUCGGGUGGCAGUUUCUGGCCUGGGGGUGUCGUAGUUCCUCCGCCCAGCACCCACGAGGAGAUGCUGCUGAUCUGCACCCAGUGUCAGAAAUGCUUUCCUGCCCGUUUGGCUCAUGGUGCCCCCUCCGUGGGACCCACGGGAGAGGUGACGCAAGUCUGCCCCGAGUGUGAGAGCAGCAGCACAAAGGGCCUGCCGCCUGGUGCAGUUCAGCAAAGGCAUGUGACCUCGCAGCCCUGCACAUGCCUGCACUGUUCAGGGCUCGGCAUCCGCCAGAGAGUCCCCAAGGAGGAGCGGCCCUACAAGUGUGGGAAGUGCGACAAGAGCUUCCGGUUUCUCCACGAGUACACCUGGCACCAGAAAGUGCACGCCGGGGAGAAGAUUUACAAGUGCAAUGUCUGUGAGAAGGUCUUCCGCCACAAGCAAGAGCUGAUGUGGCACCAGCGGGCCCACACGGCCGAGUGGCCCCACAAGUGCGGGCUCUGUGGGAAGAACUUCCGCUUCAAGCAGGAGCUGACAUGGCACCAGAAGACCCACUCUGUGGAGCGGCCGUACAAGUGUGCCGAGUGCGAGAAAAGCUUCCGCUUCAAGCAGGAGUUCAUGUGGCACCAGAGGGCCCACGUUGGGGACCGUCCGUACAAAUGCAACGAGUGCGAGAAAAGCUUCCGAUUCAAGCAAGAGUACAGCUGGCACCAGAGAAGUCAUGCUGGGGAAAAGACCUACAAGUGCCCCGGCUGUGACAAGAGCUUUCGGUACAAGCAAGAGUUCUACUGGCACCAGAGAAUCCACACUGGGGAACAACCCUAUCCUUGUGCUUCAUGCGACUCCACCUUCACCUGCCGGCAGGAAUAUAUGCGUCACCAGCGGCUGCAUGAUGGAGAGAAGCCCUACCAGUGCCCUCACUGUGAUAAAACUUUUCGCCGGGGCUCCACCCUGAUCAGGCAUCGUCGGAUCCACAUGGGCGAGGGGCCCUUUAAAUGCUCCCACUGCAACAGAGCCUUUGGCCAGAGCGCCAACCUUAUCAAACACCAGAGGAUCCACGCGGUAAAGGAUGAGCCAGUGGAUAGUGCUUCGGAAUGGACCCCCUGUUUGCAGAACUCAGGGACCCCUGUCCAGGCAGACACCGUCAGCAUGCUGAGCCUGAAAACGGUUUCUGUGGGGGCCCUUCUCCUACUGAACCUCCGGGAGCCUAAACAGGAAGAAGAUCCAGCUGGCAAUUCUUGGGAACCUCAAAUGUGACCUAAGUUUUCCGCAUUGCCCCUCCAGAAAAGGGGAUAUCUUCCAUAGAGGGGAGAGGGGGAGAGAUAUUUAUUCCAAACUGGUAGAUUUGAGUCCAUCUAUAGAUCACGAAAUCUUUCGGGGUCGAUCACCAGCUUACAGGCAUUAUAAACUCUACAGCAAGGCAGUGCUCUCUAAAGCCUAGAGGGAGGGGAAACGGUCCACAGUCAGAUCCUGGGGAAGAGCCAAAUUCCGUGGAUGGGGGUCCCUUUGGAAUAUGUAAGGUUGUUACGUCUCAUAGCCCAGCUGUGAACAGGAGCAAUAGAUAGAAGGAAGGGGCUGAGACUCUUGCAGCCACCUGCCACCUGGUGACUUCCAGAUGAUGUGGGCUACAACUCCCAUCACCUCCAGCCAACAUGGCUGUGUCAGCUGAAGCUGAUGGGAGUUGUAGUUCAGUACAGUUGGGGCUGAUGGGAAUUGUAGUCCAAAACGGCCACAUUAGCUUGGGCUGAUGGGAGUUGCAGUUCCAAAAAAUAUCUGGACACCUGUGUUCAGAGCCUCUGAUAGUUAUCUGAGCACCAUCACACCGCCCUUUGUUCGUGAGCCUUCCACUGGAGACAGAGCGUCAAAUUAGAUGUGGUUUUGUUUGGCUUUAUUUAUUUUUGCCAGAUCCAGCCAGGCUACACUUGGAGACAGGCUGCGUUGGUUUUUUAAUGCUUAGAUCUGGGCCGCAUUCUGAAUUCAUGCAGUUUCUGCCUUGUCUAGGUAGGUCUUGCUGAGGCUCAAAGCUAGACAGUCAGCAGAUAGUUUACAAGUACACUUUGCCAUUUGUGAAACCAUCGAGCUCUACUCUUGUGUCUGCAAGGACAUCCAUAAGGGUCUUCGUUGGUAAUGAGUAGAGGGUCCUUGGCUUUUUGGGGGGGGUUCCUUUCUGUUGUUCAUCCCUCCUGCCCCUCUCCUUCUGCACCCUAGAGAAUCACCCUCCAGGCAUGCAGAUGGACGCUUCCAAACUGUCAGCCAAUAGCUCAUAGCUCUGGGGGUUUCCAAGUGCAAAAUGAGACCAACAGCACCUAGCAACAGCUAGCCCAAGAGAAGACUUGCAGGUGUUCCCUGUCGGAGUUUGGAAACAGCAAUGAACGUCUGCACAAGGCCCCUUGUUUUGCACCUGCAUCACUGCGGCGGCUCAACCAACUCUUGCUCUGAGCACGCUGGUUUCUCCAGUGGCUGGAUUCAAACUGGUUGAGCUUUGCCCUUUACUGCCGACACUUUUGCCAGGCGGGAGAUUUGCCCAUUGAGCUCUCUUGCGUUGACUUAAGUGCCGUUGGGAGGAGCUGAAGGGAUUGGCUUGCCCAUCUUCACCCAGGCUCUUUCGGAGUAGUGGCAAUGAGAGGUCCCUACUGGGAGCGGUCAGGACCUUUUGGAUCUUGAAUCAAACAUUCCAAAGAGCACCUCAAGCCCGCACAUUAGAAGGUGUGCAGUGUGGUAGGAUAGAAUCAUAGAAUCAUAGAAUAGUAGAGUUGGAAGGGGCCUACAAGGCCAUCAAGUCCAACCCCCUGCUCAAUGCUCUUCCUACGCAGGCCACUCUGAAAUGAAUGGGAGGCUUUUGUCCAUUUUGGUGCGCAGGAAAGCAUUGUGGCUGACUGUGCUUUAUUUGAUGAACACUGUCUCCCUCUUUUAAUAGCCAUGCCACCCGCCGUGUGGCGGCAGUGAGGAGGGCUGCAUGGUAGGGGCUACAUCUGAAUGCCUUUGGCAUUUGCACAACAUGGAACAAAGACAGCAGGCACUCGCCUGGGACUUCCAUUGCACAGUCUGACUCUGUCCCAGCGUGCCAACACGGAUCCUUCUGUCCUGAACGGAAACCCCUGGUGCCAUUUUGAUUUCCUCCAGGUCGAUGCUUUCUUAUCUUCAUUGUGAGUUUCUGCGAAAUCCACCUGAAGCCACGAGGCUGCUAUUUUCUUACUUAAAUGAGUAUUUUAAUGUUGAA